UCGUGUCGUACCGAGAGCUCCCGUGAGGUAGCAUCAUGAGAGUGUGGGGCACCGCGUUGGUGCUCUGCGCUGCCGCUUGCAAUGCGGUCUGUAUGUCGCAGAACACCGGAGUGAGUACUGAGUGGGCCGCGCGCUGGCAGAACCUCGUCGCCGAAUUUCUCCGAAAUGUCCCUGUGCCCGGUGGUUUCAGUCCAGCCGGGCAAGUUCCGGGGACACCGGCGGCGAGCGCGGGGCUACCAGCUGGAGGAGUAGCUGGCGGAGCAGUCUCCUGGGCUAGUUGGUUUCCUCCUCCCGUCCCUACUUUAAUGCAUGACCAGGGCGGCCGCUCCAUGCCAGUGCUGGUGCUGCCGAUACCAGUUCCCAUGAACCAACCCACGCCACCCCAAACUGCCCAGUGUGCGCUGAGCCCGCAGCCGGCGAACAGUUUCAACUACGACAGGACCUUCAACCCCGUGGUCAUCAACGCCGCACCCGCCCCCGUUACUACAUACUCCGCGCAGGGAUCCCAGCCAGCUUACCAAGCGCCCUUUUACCCCGCUCCCGCUCCCGCUUAUACCGCGCCUGCUUAUCCCUCUCCCGGUCCCGCUCCCACCUAUCCUACCCCCGCUCCUUAUCCUAACCCCGUUCCUGCGCCCUCUUAUCCCGCAGCGCCUGCUUAUCCCACACCCGCUUAUAGUCCUCUUCCUCAGUAUGCACCAGUUAAGCCUGAUGUCUCGGUGCCACCACCGCCGAAACGCAGACCAUCAUCGCGCCUCCCCUUACCAGACCAGCGACUUACUAGCAAUGCACCUACUUUUCCACCCGUAGCGGACUCUCGUGUUUUGUUAGAGCAGUUUCGCAAGCAGGAGCUGAGGGACUCGAACCUUCUACCAAUAGUUCUUCACAACCGGGAGGUACAGGCGGCACGCCAGCGCAAGACUGUCAAAUGUGUACGUCGGCAGUGGAAAGGCGAUGUGAACGAGGCACCGCCGCCGCCGCCGCGCUUCGAGAGCUCUCUAUACAUGCGCGGACGCAUCUUGGCGCACCGUGCGGGCUACACCGAGCCUUUCUCCCUAUGGUGGGAUGCGAGUAGUGGUGCGUCUCGUAUGGACUUUCACAACGGUACCGCUACCACGUACCGUAUGAAGAAACGUGACGGACGCGUACAAAGCGUGCAGGUCCGCAUAGAUCGCACUGGCGAAACGGACGUCAAUCGAUGCCGUGUGAUGAAACCCCGCCUGCUGACAGGGGCAGAGCGUGCCCUACCCGCUUUGCCUGACCUACAAGGUUUCAGCUAUGCUGGUAAGUAGCAGCAGCACUAGCC